AUGCCCAGCGGAAAAGAACAAAAGCUCGUCUACGCGAUCUUUCGCCUCGACGACCCCAACAUCCCGGACCUGGACAUCCUCCACCAAUGCCUGGAGAGAAUCAGUGUCGGUGCCGUCGGUAUUGUCUCAAACCCUCAAUACCUUGCUGACUGGGGCGCAGAACACCCGGACGAGGUAAUCCUGCAAGUCUACUCCACAGACAGGAGUGACGAGGAGGUUAUGGCCGCCGCCGCGGCAUAUAUCCAACGCCAGAUCGAUAACUGGGCGGAGGAUAUGUCCAUGUCUGCCUGGUAUAGGUAUGACCAGUGGGCGCGCCUGAAGAAUUUCGGGCAUAUGGAUUAG